GGCGGAGCGGGCGCGGCGGCCGGGGCAUGGCGGACCAGAUUCCUCUGUACCCGGUGCGCAGCGCCGCGGCGGCGGCCGCAGCCAACCGCAAACGCGCAGCCUACUAUAACGCCACGGGGCCUAGGCCAGGGGCCGCCCGGCACAGCAGGUACCAGCUGGAAGAUGAGUCUGCCCAUUUGGAUGAGAUGCCCCUGAUGAUGUCUGAAGAAGGCUUUGAGAACGACGAGAGUGAUUACCACACGCUGCCGCGAGCUAGGGUGAUGCAGAGAAGAAGAGGACUGGAGUGGUUUGUCUGCGGUGGGUGGAGACUCCUCUGUGCCAGUUGCUGUGAUUGGCUGAUAAAUAUUUGUCAAAGAAAGAAAGAACUGAAAGCUCGCACAGUGUGGCUUGGAUGUCCUGAAAAGUGUGAAGAAAAACAUCCCAGGAAUUCUAUAAAAAAUCAAAAAUACAAUGUGUUUACCUUUAUACCUGGGGUUUUAUACGAACAAUUCAAGUUUUUCUUGAAUCUCUAUUUUCUGGUAGUAUCCUGCUCACAGUUUGUACCAGCAUUGAAAAUAGGCUAUCUCUACACCUACUGGGCUCCUCUGGGAUUUGUCUUGGCCGUUAUUAUCAUGCGGGAAGCAGUUGAUGAAUUUCGGCGUUUUCAGCGAGACAAGGAAGUAAAUGCACAACUAUAUAGCAAGCUCACAGUAAGAGGUCAAGUGCAAGUUAAGAGUUCAGACAUUCAAGUUGGAGACCUCAUCAUAGUGGAAAAGAAUCAAAGAAUUCCAUCAGACAUGGUGUUUCUUAGGACUUCAGAAAAAGCAGGUUCGUGCUUUAUUCGAACGGAUCAACUAGAUGGUGAAACCGACUGGAAGCUGAAGGUGGCUGUGAGCUGCACGCAGCGUCUGCCGGCUCUGGGGGACCUUUUUUCUAUCAAUGCUUACGUUUAUGCUCAGAAGCCACAACUGGAUAUCCAUAGUUUUGAAGGCACAUUUACCAGGGAAGACAGUGACCCACCCAUUCAUGAAAGUCUCAGCAUAGAAAAUACCUUGUGGGCAAGCACCGUUGUUGCAUCAGGUACUGUAAUAGGUGUUGUCAUUUAUACUGGAAAAGAGACUCGAAGUGUUAUGAACACAUCCAAUCCAAAAAAUAAGGUUGGUCUAUUGGACCUUGAACUCAAUCAGCUGACGAAGGCACUAUUUUUGGCAUUAGUUGCUCUCUCAGUUGUCAUGGUAACCUUACAAGGAUUUGUAGGCCCAUGGUACCGCAAUCUUUUUCGGUUCCUUCUUCUCUUUUCCUACAUCAUUCCCAUAAGUUUGCGUGUGAACCUGGACAUGGGCAAAGCAGCAUACGGGUGGAUGAUCAUGAAAGACGAGAACAUUCCCGGCACAGUCGUCCGGACCAGCACCAUCCCAGAGGAGCUGGGGCGCCUGGUGUAUUUGCUGACAGACAAAACAGGGACCCUUACCCGGAAUGAGAUGAUAUUUAAGCGGCUCCAUCUGGGCACCGUGUCCUAUGGGACCGACACGAUGGAUGAGAUCCAAAGCCACCUCUCGAGUUCUUACUCUCAGAUACAUUCUCAAGCUGCUGGAAACAACGCCAGUUCACCUCCACCAAGAAAAGGCCCAUCUUCAGCUCCCAAAGUCAGGAAAAGCGUCAGCAGUCGAAUCCACGAGGCUGUGAAGGCCAUCGCACUGUGUCACAACGUGACUCCCGUGUACGAGUCCUGGGCCGGUGUCACUGGGGAGACCGAGGUUGCCGAGGCCGACCGGGACUUCAGCGACGAGAACCGCACCUACCAGGCCUCCAGUCCCGAUGAGGUGGCCCUGGUGCAGUGGACGGAGAGCGUGGGCCUCACCCUAGUCAGCAGGGACCUCGCCUCCAUGCAGCUGAAGACACCUGGCGGCCAGAUCCUCACCUUCCACAUCCUGCAGAUGUUCCCGUUCACCUCGGAGAGCAAGCGGAUGGGGGUCAUCGUCAGGGACGAGUCCACGGCAGAAAUCACGUUUUACAUGAAAGGUGCGGACGUCGCCACGUCCUCCAUCGUCCAGUACAACGACUGGCUGGAAGAGGAGUGCGGGAACAUGGCUCGGGAAGGGCUGCGGACGCUCGUGGUUGCCAAGAGGUCGCUGACAGAGGAGCAGUACCAGGACUUCGAGAGCCGAUACAGUCAGGCCAAGCUGAGUCUCCACGACAGGACGCUCAAGGUGGCCGCGGUGGUCGAGAGCCUGGAGCGGGAGAUGGAGCUGCUGUGCCUCACGGGGGUCGAGGACCAGCUGCAGGCGGACGUGCGGCCCACGCUGGAGAUGCUGCGCAACGCGGGGAUCAAGAUCUGGAUGCUGACGGGCGACAAGCUCGAGACGGCCACGUGCAUUGCCAAGAGCUCCCACUUGGUGUCCAGAUCGCAAGACAUUCAUGUUUUCAGACAAGUCACCAGUCGGGGCGAGGCCCACCUGGAGCUGAACGCGCUGAGGAGGAGGCAGGACUGUGCGCUGGUCAUCUCCGGGGACUCUCUGGAGGUGUGCCUGAAGUACUACGAGCACGAGCUGGUAGAGCUGGCCUGCCAGUGCCCGGCCGUGGUGUGCUGCCGCUGCUCGCCCACACAGAAGGCGCGCAUCGUCACGCUGCUGCAGCAGCACACGGGGAGACGCACCUGCGCCAUCGGUGACGGGGGAAACGACGUGAGCAUGAUCCAGGCGGCAGACUGCGGGAUUGGGAUCGAGGGAAAGGAGGGGAUGCAGGCCUCGCUGGCGGCCGACUUCUCCAUCACGCAGUUCCGGCACCUCGGCAGGCUGCUCGUGGUGCACGGGCGCAACAGCUACAAGCGGUCGGCGGCGCUGGGCCAGCUGGUCAUGCACAGGGGCCUGGUCAUCUCCACCAUGCAGGCCGUGUUCUCCUCCGUCUUCUACUUCGCCUCGGUGCCUCUGUACCAGGGAUUCCUCAUGGUGGGGUACGCGACCGUGUACACCAUGUUCCCAGUGUUCUCCCUGGUGCUGGAUCAAGACGUGAAGCCGGAGAUGGCCAUGCUGUACCCGGAGCUGUACAAGGACCUCACCAAGGGCAGAUCCUUGUCCUUCAAGACCUUCCUCAUCUGGGUGUUAAUCAGUGUUUACCAAGGCGGCAUCCUCAUGUACGGGGCCCUGCUGCUCUUCGAGUCGGAGUUCGUGCAUGUGGUGGCAAUCUCCUUCACGGCGCUGGUCCUCACCGAGCUGCUCAUGGUGGCGCUGACCGUCCGCACGUGGCACUGGCUGAUGGUCCUGGCCGAGUUCCUCAGUCUGGGCUGCUACGUGGCCUCGCUCAUCUUCCUAAACGAGUACUUUGACGUUGCCUUUAUCACCACCGUGACCUUCCUGUGGAAAGUGUCGGCGAUCACCGUGGUCAGCUGCCUCCCGCUGUACGUGCUCAAGUACCUGAAGCGCAAGCUGUCCCCGCCCAGCUACUGCAAGCUGGCCUCCUGAGCCCUCGGGGCCUCACCACUUCUCCUUUUUAUUGUGUUUCAAAACUUAAUUUCCACUUCGAAGCAGCUUGAGUUUCUAUUGCAAAUGAGCCCUGAGUAUGUCACUGCUGCUGUGAGGGGUCUGUCUUGCUCUGGAGUCCUGAGAGUCGAAGCGAAGGCUUAAUUUCUGCAGUUUCCUACUGGUCAAGUAGUUCUUUCUCUGGUGUUCUAGCGGGAGAGUCGUUCCUGCCCAAACACAAUAAAGUCUAGAUGCUUUCGG